CACCCUUCUCUUCCUACUCCUAUCCUUCAGAAAUAUCACUGACUUGCUUACCUACAGCAUUCAAGAUUCACGGAUCCAGGAAAUCAGGAAUUCCAAUCUACCUGAUUUCGCCCACCGGGUUUUACCAGGUUCUACGCAGAUGACCUAACCCCUGCAAGAAAACCAAGAGUGCCUUUCAUUCCAGAGAAUCUGAAUGUCCUGGUUGCUGCUCCUUGCUUUAAUUUACCAAGCCCAGAAAUACUAGCCACCUGCUUCCUCACCCCCCACGUACCACAAUGAGCUGCCACUUGCUCGUCUAUGGGCUACCUGCCUUGGGAAUCUAUGCAGUGUUAUCUUACUCUCUUCGGAAGAAGCCACAUCUCCUUCACAAACCACGCAGGUUUCCCGUUCGAUGCUUACAUGUCUCCCACAGGGGUGGUGCUGGAGAGCAGAUUGAGAACACUUUGGGUGCCUUUAAAAAUGCAAUGAGCCAAGGGACAAACCUGCUUGAACUUGAUUGCCACAUAACCAAAGAUGGGAUUGUGGUUGUGUCCCAUGAUGAAAAUCUGAAACGCCAGACGGGACACAACAUUGAUAUCAGCCACACAUACUAUGAGGAUUUGCCACGCUAUCUGCCUUCUCUGGAGGUGCAGUUUUCUCCAGGAAGCUUCUCACAUGGUACUGAUCACCAGAUUCCUCGUUUGGAAGACAUUUUUGAGCAAUUCCCUGGAGUCCCUAUUAAUAUUGAAAUUAAAGAAGAUAAUGAUGAGCUCAUCAAUAAGGUAGCACGUCUUGUUGAUCAAUACAAUCGUUCCCACAUCAGCAUCUGGGCCUCCUUCGAUUCUCAAAUACUGAAAAAAUGCCAUAAAGCUAAUAAAGACAUGCCCUACACCUUCUCCGCUAAGAGAGGCCUCUUAAUGCUUGGACUCUGGUACCUUGGACUCCUGCCCUUCUUCCCUCUGAAGGAAUCGUUCCUUGAAUUCGUGCUGCCCUCAAUCAUAAACAGGACGUAUUUUCCAGUGAAAAAGGGCAUAUGUGGAUCACUACUGGCAAAAGUUACCACCAAGCUGACAAUGCAUAAACAGCUGUUUAAACAUCUGGAAGACAGAGGAAUACAAACUCUCCUUUGGGUUUUGAAUGAAGAAAAGGAUUAUAAAGAAGCCUUUAGCUAUGGAGCCUCCGGAGUCAUUUCUGACUACCCAACUCAUCUUCGACAGUACCUAAAUGCUCAUCCUCUGCCACCUUGCAAUGCGUAAAUUGUAAUGAAUGAAAAAGAAUUAUGAUGUGAAAGAUAGGAAACUCAAAAGUAUAUUUCACCUGUGCAUACUGUAAGAGGAAGACUCUGAAACAAAUAAACAAUUCUGUUACCA